AUGGGAAAUAAAAAUAGUAGCGGAGGUAAAAAAAAAAAAUUUUUGAAACCCACAAUCACAAGUACAUCAGUUACAUCAAGUAUAUCAAAUAUCUCCAAUGUCUCCAAUGCAUCCAAUAAUCAUCAAAACACCGCUUAUCUUUCACCUAAUUCUGAUAGGAUUACAAGAAUUUCAAAUGAGCUCUUAAGAAAAAAUUUCACUCAGAUCGAAAGUUAUUCUCUGAGAGCCUCAUUUGAAAAUCUUAGUACUACAAAUGAAAUGGGUAUCCCUUAUAUCAACGAAGGAGCUUUUGUUGGUUACCUAGGUUUUCCUGAUGAUGUUGGUGCCGGGCCACUUAUAUAUCGCUCCUUUAUUUAUCUAGCAAAUAUUCAUUCCAACGGUCACACAAAUACUCUUCUUACUUAUGAUGGGCUCAUAAAAGCUGUAGCUGUCUAUUGUGACAAAACUAAAGAUGUAAUUGACGAGGAUCGCGUAAAACUCCUUUUUGAUUCAUUUUCCAUCUCCAUUGAUGAACAAAAUUCACCUGCAGAAUCGGAUGGCUCAAGUCCUAAAAUAGUAAUACCAAAUGCAAAUGCAAAUGUAGAUGAUAAUAAUGACGAAUUUUUAAAAGCUAUUGGACUUCAUCAUGAAAUCGAUCCUUCUAAAACCUCAAAAGUACGAUGUCAAGAUAUGGUGAAAAUAUUGACAGGACUAAUAUGGCUUAUGUCUAGUGAAAUGUCUUCAAUUUCAACAAAUUCUCAAGAUUUGUUAGCAAAUUUAAAAAAAAUCGUUUCUCCAAAAUUCAUUAAUCAAAUCCGUGAAGAUGUCAUCCAUGUCGUCGAACGUAUGUAUAUGUCACAACAUAACAAUAGCGUUGGUACGAACGCCAUGGAUUCAGAUGAAGUGAUCACUUGGCCGACAUUCCAGAAAUUCGUUGAUAGAAAUGCUCCGAGCAUAUUUAGAGGUUUUAUACCUUUUAUGUAUGGACAAUUCUUAAUAGGAUUAACAUUAUCUCAACAAAGACAAGACUCAUUAUUCCAAGGACCAAAAGUUCAAUAUUGGCCAAAAUUAGAUACUCAUUCAGAUUUAUUAAAUCAAAUGAAUAUGGGAUUGUUAUCUUGGAUGUUGCCCGAGAAAGUUAUAAAAAGACAUCAUUGGAAUUGUCUAUAUAGUAGUAGUAGACACGGUUUCAGUACGAACCGGUUUUCCAGUCACGUAUUUAAAUACCCAGGCCCUACUCUCAUGUUAAUACACGCGGAUAUAUCAAAAAAUCAAAAUCGUGAAUUAAUCUCGAUUUCACCGAACACUAAAGGAUCUUUACCCACUUCAAAACCUAAUAAACUUGAAGAUCAUGUUUCCACUUUAUUGUUGGGCGCUUAUGUUUCUGAACCGUGGAAAUCAACUUCUAAUCCGAAAACUUGUUUUGGAUCGGAGGAAUGUGCACUCUUUGAAGUUUGGCCGGUUUUCGAAAAAUUUCCAGCAUCAAAAAUGAGUUCAAACUAUGUUUAUUAUAAUCCGUCAUUCGGUAUCGGUUUUGGUGGUAUAGCCACGUCUGGUACAACAUCCAAUACAAUAACAGUUUCAGAACAAAAUACAUUUACACUUCAAAUUGAUAAUACGCUCCAAUAUGGUCGUUAUCGAAAUGAUGUACUUCGUGCAGACAAACCAACUUAUUCUCUAUCAGUCACCAGGAAUUACUUUGAUAUACCGUUUGAAGUUCUAGAAAUUGAGGUAUUUGGAUUAGGUGGUGAGUUGGCAAAAGAAAAACAAGAAAAAGAAUGGGAAUGGGAAGAAGCUGAAGUAGCCAAGAGAAAUGGACUUCAAGUUAAGAGAAAUAGCAAUAAAGAAACCGAUAGAGAAUUUCUCAAGUUGGCUGGAGUUAUUGACGAAGAUUCACGGAGAGAGGUUCAAAUUUGGGAACCUUAA